GCCGGCUCAGUUCCCUGCGCUGAUUGGACGCGUGGGCGAGGCGGAGGAGAGCCGUGCGCAGCGGCGUGUGUGGGGCCGUGUGCAGACCCGCGUGUGGCGCAGGCAAGGACCCUGAAAAUAAACAGCCGCUGCUUUGCGAGUCGCCUUCCUGGGCCUGGGUCCGAGUCUUCACCGCUGUGGGAAGCUCAGACGCCGAAGCUCUAACUGCAGCUAUGAGCAGCAACGAAUGCUUCAAGUGUGGACGAUCUGGCCACUGGGCCAGGGAAUGCCCUACUGGUGGAGGUCGGGGUCGUGGAAUGAGAAGCCGAGGCAGAGGUGGUUUUACCUCGGAUAGAGGGUUCCAGUUUGUUUCCUCAUCUCUUCCUGAUAUCUGUUACCGCUGUGGUGAGUCUGGUCAUCUUGCCAAGGAUUGUGAUCUUCAGGAGGAUGCCUGCUAUAACUGCGGUAGAGGUGGCCACAUUGCCAAGGACUGCAAGGAGCCCAAGAGAGAGCGAGAGCAGUGCUGCUACAACUGUGGCAAGCCAGGCCAUCUGGCUCGUGACUGUGACCACGCGGAUGAGCAGAAGUGCUAUUCUUGUGGUGAAUUUGGACAUAUUCAAAAAGACUGCACCAAGGUGAAGUGCUAUAGGUGUGGUGAAACUGGUCAUGUAGCCAUCAAUUGCAGCAAGACAAGUGAAGUCAACUGUUACCGCUGUGGCGAGUCAGGGCAUCUUGCACGGGAAUGCACAAUUGAGGCUACAGCCUAAUUAUUUUCCUUUGUCGCCCCUCCUUUUUCUGAUUGAUGGUUGUAUUAUUUUCUCUGAAUCCUCUUCACUGGCCAAAGGUUGGCAGAUAGAGGCUGUUCCCAGGCCAGUGAGCUUUACUUGCAGUGUAAAAGGAGGAAAGGGGUGGAAAAAAACCGAAUUUCUGCAUUUAACUACAAAAAAAAGUUUAUGUUUAGUUUGGUAGAGGUGUUAUGUAUAAUGCUUUGUUAAAGAACCCCCUUUCCGUGCCACUGGUGAAUAGGGAUUAAUGAAUGGGAAGAGUUCAGUCAGACCAAUAAGCCCCUUUGGGUUUGAGUGUGUUCCCAUGUAGGAGGUAAAACCAAUUCUGGAAGCGUCUGGGCUUCCAUAAAUAACAUUAAUUUUUAGCGUAAUGACGGCCUUGGAUUGUCUGACCUCAGUAGCUAUUAAAUAACAUCAAGUAACAUCUGUAUCAGGCCCUCGUAGAGCAUACAGUUGGGUGGGAGUAAACUGAGAAGACAAAUGUGUUGCUGUCUAUGCCAGAGAAAUCGGGAUAAAAGCCUAACACAGGAGCAGCUUCAUCCCAGACAGAUGGUGAUGGCAAAGGUGUAGAACACAUUUUUUUCAAAGACUAAAUCUAAAACCCAGAGUAAACAUCGCUCAGAGUUAGCAUAAUUUGGAGCUAUUCAGGAAUUGCAGAGAAAUGCAUUUUCACAGAAAUCAAGAUGUUAUUUUUGUAUACUAUAUCACUUAGAAAACUGUGUUUCAUUUGCUGUAAUCAGUUUUUAAAAGUCAGAUGGAAAAAGCAACUGAAGUCCUAGAAAAUAGAAAAUGUAAUUUUAAACUAUUCCAAUAAAGCUGGAGGAGGAAGGGGAGUUUGACUAAAGUUCCUUUUUGUUUGUUUUGAAUUUUCAUCAAUGUAUAUAGAACAAAAUGCCAUAUUAAAGAGGGGAAUGCAGAGGACUGAAAGAUGACAGUUUGGACUUUUCUUUCUAUGCUAAGUAAUACCUUCAGUAAGGAAAAGCACACAAUGGCUUGAGUACUUUGUGCAUUUGCAGGACUAUAGAAAGUUCUAUGGGUCUGCUAGAGAGGUCUAGUGGGUGAAGGCAGUUGUCGCAUGAGCUUGGUGACCUGAAUUUGGUACCCACAUCCAUGUAAAGGUGGAAAAAGAACUGACUUCCAUUAUGCUUUGAUUUCACCCUUGCACUAAAGAAAAUUCUCUUGA